AAAAGACUUGGCAUUGAAACGAGGAGUAAAACAGUUGGUGUGGGAAUACGAUCGCGUCAAGACGGUGUGGCCGUUCAAGGAAGUGUGGUUGAUUUUGUAAAAGAAUAAAACAAAACUGUUGGUGCAGAUCGAAACGGAUCGAAUAUGUCACAAGAGUACAGUAUUUCUGAGAUUGCACAAAAUAACGGACGCGACGGCAAACCAGUGUGGAUUAUUUUUAAAGAUGGCGUUUACGAUGUCACGAAGUUCCUGAAUGAUCAUCCUGGCGGUGAAGCUUCACUACUCGAAUAUGCUGGUAAGGAUGCUACAAAAGCCUUCAAUGAAGUGGGUCAUUCAACUGACGCCGUAAAGGAAAUGAAAUCAUAUAAGAUUGGCGUUCUUAGAACGGAGAACGCACAAAUAAUUAACAGCCAGCCUGCGCCUGCAUCCAGUGAUUUGAGUGCGAAACAGCCGUCAGAAAAUUACUCUACACCAAAAAAGAAACCAGCUAAGUUUUGCUUUUGCUGUUAAUAAAAAAAAAAACGCAACAAUUUGCCUGUCUGUGAUGCCACUGAAAAUCGCUGAGGUUUAAAAAUAAUUUAUUUGUACGUUGGCAUAUGAAUGUAUGUACAUAUACAUAUGUGUAUGCAGCAAAAGUCAACAUAUUUAUGUACAUACAUAAAUAGCGCUUAAUCAUUUUCAUCUCCAUAAUUGUAAUUCUAUGUCCAUCUUCAUGUAGAUUAAAAAUAUUUAUACUAAACACGCAAAUCUUGUGUAUAUUUUAAAUGUUAUUUAUUUACUUCUCUUACAUUUUAUAAUGUGGUUUGAAUUCGAUCUUAUAUACAUAACAGUAAAGUUUAAUUUACGUUACAAAAUAUAAAAUUAAAUAAUUAUAGAUAAGUGUAAUAUGCCAAUAAAUGCAUUUUUUAAAUACACU